UCAAUGGCUAUGGGUGAGGCCCUGGCAGAUGUGAGGAUAAGUCUACUGCUGCUCCGGCUGGCGAUGUUUCUGUUCCUAUUUGGAUGUCUCCAGAUUGGACACUCCCAACCCCAUACGCCCCCAGAAGUGGCGAUACCCUUGAGGGUAACUGGCAUUGGGAGGGAAAUGAAGGUCCCAUGAUGGAUGUCCUAUGGCCUGCACUUGGGAGACCAGAGGCAUGUUAUCCACAUCAAGGUCAAGAAGAAUUUGGUGUUCAGAUAUUUCUCUGUGUUCACCUACACAGAUGAAGAUACCCUCACUGAGGACCAGCCUUUUGUCCAGAGUCACUGCUACGAUCAUGGAUUUGUGGAAGGGGAUCCAGAAUUUAGUAACUGCUACUAUCAUGGAUUUGUGGAAAUAUAUCCAGAAUCCAAGGUUGCUCUUAGCACCUGUUCUGGGGACUUUCAAGGAUUACUACAGAUAAAUGACACUGUUUAUGAAAUCCAGCCCAAAGAGCUUUCUGCCACAUUGGAGUAUCUAUAUAAGAUUGACAGUAAGAAGACAAAAUAUUCAGCCGUGAGAUGUGGAUUAACAGAAGAAGAAAUAGCACGACAAUUGAGGCUUCAAGACAGUGAUAAUUCCACAGGGAUGCAAAGCAGUUAUGAGGGCUGGUGGACCCACAAACGGUUUGUUGAACUGUUCGUGGUGNGCCAGCCGGAGCUGGGGGUCCUUUGGACUCCAACAUCGCGGAAACCUGGGGCUGCUUGUGCUUUUGGGCUUUGUUGCAAAGACUGCCAGUUCAUGCCAUCAGGCACAAUCUGUAGAGAAAAGGACAAUGAAUGUGAUCUUCCAGAAUGGUGCAAUGGAGCCUCGCAUAACUGUCCAGCAGAUGUGCAUGUGCAGGAUGGGGUCCGUUGCAUGGCUGGUGGCUACUGCUAUGAAAGGAGAUGCAAUAUCCGGGACAACCAGUGUAAGCAAAUUUUUGGCAAAGAAGCCAAGAGUGCAAAUCAGAGUUGCUACAGGGAAAUGAACAUCCGAGGUGACCGUUUUGGUCACUGUGGUUUGAAUGGCUCUACAUAUGUAAGACGUAGUAUCUCAGAUGUCCUGUGUGGGAGAGUUCAGUGUGAGAAUAUCACAGAAAUUCCUCUUCUGAAAGAUCAUUCUACUGUGCAUUGGACUCACAUCAAUGGUGUCACCUGCUGGAGUACCGACUACCAUUUUGGGAUGACCGUACCUGAUGUAGGUGAUGUGAAAGGUGGCACAGAGUGUGGUGCAGAACACGUGUGCAUCCGCAGGCGGUGUGUUCCUAUGUCACUUUGGAACAGUUCUUGUUCACCUGAGACCUGCAAUAUGAGAGGGGUCUGCAACAAUAAACAUCACUGCCACUGCAGCUCUGAGUGGGACCCCCCUGACUGCCUGACAGCCGGCAGUGGAGGUAGUGUUGAUAGUGGCCCACCCCCUCGGAGAAAAGUGGAACCUGAAGGGAAG